AUGGACGACAUUACAAUUAAUCCUCAAUCCGCGCAAAUCUCCAGUUCAAGGAGAGUAUCGAUGGAGGAAUAUUACAAACAAAAUAAUGAAUCUUCCGAUCACAUACAAGAACCAGAAGUUGAGGAGGAACCAGAGGAAGAAUCGGAACACGAGCCAGAAAUUGAUGUCGACGAUAAAUCCACAAAUUCGCAGUCAAUAAUAGAUCCUCUACUUGAUUCUCCUCCUUCUUACGAUGCUUCCGUUCGAUCCCAAAAUAUGCGAAAUCGUUUAAAUAUUCAACCUCGAGAAGACGAAGGAAGGGAAAUUCUCCCAGGAUAUUCUACUGGUAUCAGUUUGGAGAAUGUGUUUAUGAGGAAAAUGGAAAUGCAGGGCGCGAUACACAGAGCUUCGGACAGGAAUUGGUAUCGAGUAUAUGCAACCUUACGAGGAACACUCUUAACUUUUCACAAGGUCAAAGGCUCGGGGGUAUUUGGUUUGGAGCUUGGGGAUCGAAAGAGUACACCGGAUUUACCUGUCGGUACAAAACGUGGAAGUUUAUUGGGAAGCUACAAUUUACAACAUGCAGAAGUUGGCAUAGCUGCAGAUUAUGUAAAGAAGCACUAUGUUAUUCGAGUCAGAGCAGAAGCAGACCAGUUCCUUCUAUCGUGCGUGAAAAUUGAAACAUUCGUUACCUGGCUUCAAUCACUCUUCACAGCUAUCAACCUCUCUCUUCCCCUCGACGAGCGACAAAUACCCCGAGAUCAAUCCAUUCCACGAUCACGAAGACGAAGAAGAAGGGAAGCCAGAGAGGUGCAAGUCAGCGAUGAACUUAUUCGAGCGCAAGAAGAACUCAUUCGCACACAUUAUCCCAAUUUCGCAAGUUCAAACACUCCCGAGGGGAGAGCCAUCACCACUCCCUCUCGAUCAUCCACCGCUCGACCCUCGACCCGAUCAUCCGCACCCCACACAUCACGCAUCCCCGACGAAUGCAUGAACGAAUCCGAAGCCGCGCUGGAAGCUCUUCGCGAAAUGGGUCUCAUAAGUAGUCGAUCCCGUCGUCAUCGCAUGCUUCGACGCACGCCAAACCCCACCCCUUCCCACUCUUUCUGUCCCGAAACGGGAAAAUGGCGUCCGGAACAUGCGUGGUCUCCUAGAUACGAUAUGAUAUAUGCCAAAAAAUGCAUGGCGAUCCUCACAAGUCGCUCCCCUCGAAAAUCAAAUUACUUGAUCAUGAAGGGAAAACAAUGGAUUGUGGAUUGGAGUACCGGCUCAUUAACCAGAUGUGAGCCUCCGGAAUAUGGAGAGGAGUAUUGUGGGAGCUGGAAAAUAAGCCAUAAUGGUACGCCGGUCAAGGCUUGA